AUGAAAAUAGCCCUAUAUUUAUUUACUAAGACUGUCUCAGUCUAUCGGGCAGUCUGGGACCCAAAAAAUAAUCUCUCUCACCCUCACUAUCUCUCUCUCUCUCUCUCUCUCUCUCUCUCUCUAUCUAUCUAUCUAUCUAUCUAUCUAUCUAUCUAUCUAUCUAUCUCUCUCUCUCUCUCUCUAUAUAUAUAUAUAUAUAUAUAUAUAUAUAUAUGUGCAAUGAAGAAGGGCAGUGCAAAUAGGGUUACUUUCUUUCUUUCUUUCUUUCUUUCUUUCUUUUUUCUUUUUCCUUUCUUUCUUUCUUUCUUGUUACUUUUUCUUUCUUUCUUUCUUUCUUUCUUUCUUUCUUUCUUUCUUUUUCCUUUCUUUCUUUCUUUCUUUCUUUUUCUUUCUUUCUUUCUUUCUUUCUUUCUUUCUUUCUUCUUUCUUUCUUUCUUUCUUACUUUUUUCUUUCUUUCUUUGUUUUACGGGAAAAUUCAUUACACUCACACACACACAUCUAUCUAUCUAUCUAUCUAUCUAUCUAUCUAUCUAUCUUCCGCCGCCAAAAUAUAUACCACUAUCUAUCUAUCUAUCUAUCUAUCUAUCUAUCUAUCUAUCUAUCUAAUUCUGUUCAUAUCUAUCUAUCUAUCUAUCUAUCUAUCUAUCUAA